AUUGCACGCGCCUUAAUUACAGCUUGCGUAACUAUGUCAGAACGUUCGGAAAUGGAACAUGCUGUAGCUAGAGUUGGUGCUGGGACAAUCCCCCUGUCGAUCCUAAUUGAAUUCAUCUCACAGAAAGUUUACACUGAUCUUAUGCGUCUUAUUGAUCUGUUGCCAAGCAAAACAGAUCUUGAAAAGAAGAUAGAAAUCGCUACAUUCUUUAGUCGUACUCAACAUCUUUUCAUAAGGCUCGAGGCCUUAGUUAAGUGGUCAAAUAGUGCAUCAAAGGUCGACAAAUGUGAGAAAAUUUCAAACUUUUUAGAAGAGCAAAGUUUCUUUUUGAUAAGCACAGCAAACGCCUUAUCUAGGCUUCUUAGAGAGACUUUAGUCAGUGCCAGGUUGCCACCGUUUUCUGUACUUCUUGCAAUUGAUAUAUUCACAAAUAAAGGAUAUACUCGUCUCCCAAAGUCCAUUAAAAACUCUGCUUUUGUUGCUGAAUCUGCCACUGAAAAAGAAAGAAAGCAAGCCCUCAUCGAUCUUAACUGCAUCAUCCAAAAUCGCCUUAGCCUUACCCAGCUACCUCAUCAAUUCCGGACUAUAAAAAUAGCUGAUGGACGUGCACAAUUUGUUGUCCAGAAUGAAUUUGCUGUUACUGUCACCCUCAUGUCCGAAGCGCUUGACUUCCCUUGGAGAAUUCUAGAUCUAAAAUUUUUACUUAAAGACUCAUCAAUGAACUAUCAAAAUCUUGUUCAUCCGGCGCAAACAAGACUCAUAAUUAACCAAGCCCAAUCUCGUCUGCUCUAUCGACAGUUUGAUAGUCGUCCACCUCUUGUCCACCUUUACGACAUGUUGCAUGCCUUUAGUUUAUCACUUCAAUUGGAUAUGUUGCACGAACAAGCUCAACGGGCACGUUCAAAGCGACCACCAGAUCAACUUACAAUCGAAGCAUAUAGACCUAGCAGAUGUUUGUCGAUCUCUUAUUGGCAUGGUUUAGCUAGAACUCAGUAUAAUUCAGUUAUGGGUCUAGAUGGAAAAUUACAUGCUACAGCUUAUUUACUUACCAUUCAUGUUGAUCCAACGGAACCUCAGAGACCACUCUGUGUUAGUCAUCGUCCUGAGCUUACUACUUCGAAAUCUCAAUUAGUUGGAGCUACUGUACAAGGAGAUUGUUUAUCUAUCGAAACUCUGCUAACGAGAACUAUGGUGGCUCGAGCUGAGCAAAUGCUACAGGAUUUGAGACAAGAGCUACUGAUUAUCAGUCCUGGACCUGUACGUCUUGCCGAUGCUCCAUUAUGCUUGUAUGUUCCACUUUUAUGGCCUUGUAGUCCACAUGAAUUAUUACAAGUACGCAUAGAUCCUGUACAAGGUUUUGUAUGCACUUCAUUUCCAUUACUUACUUCACUCGAUACUGAGUUUGGUGCUAUUGGAUCAGUUGUUGCUAGUGUUAAUUUUAGUCCUCCUGAAGGGGCUUCUGAAAAUUUUUCUCGUUCCAGUGUUAUUAAUACACUUGCAUCACUCGAUUCUGCUUUUAAUCAAUCAUCUUGUCAUCGUGUUCGUCUUGUGUCUGCUACAGGAGCUCUUGUCCAACCUCAUGAAAGUGAUCGUAUUUGUUCAAUUCAAUCUCGGAGUUUACGUAAUCUUUCCCACGGAGAUGCUCGAUGGCGUUCUGUGAUUUGUGAGUGCUUGGAACACCUACGAUUGUGUUUAGGUUUGGCCAGGUUAAUGCAGACAGCAAAGAUACACCGACCAUUUUGGCAACCGUUUAAACGUCAUCUUCCUCUAAUAUUGUCUCCUGCACAAGUCAACUUAUCAAGUUUAUGGUCUCAAAUGCUAGUCCGUUUACAGCAGUCAUAUCGUUGGCCUAUAUUAUUUGCUCAGUUAUUUCCAAAUAACGAAUACUAUAUAGCAUGUGAAGUUAUUUCUGGGCCAUUGAAUGUGGACUACAAAUAUUACUUAAUUGUUUGUAAUGCCCUUCCAGAACAUAUGAAUAUCACUACAAAUUUACAAGGUGUACUUGUUUUCAACUCGGAAAUAAAUCCCGCCUCUGGACAUUUAAAUGAGACUGGAUUAUUUCUUCAGGUGACUCACUUCACGCCGCUCAUAGCUGAUACCGUUUGGUCUAAUAAUCCAUCAACAACGCUGGAACAAUUAUGUGCUUGUAUUCAAAAAGCCCAAUCUACCAUAGUUAGUCAACGCUCAACACGUUUAAAUGAAUUAAUAAAUAAACUAAAGCUGUCACAUGCAAUUGACAGUGAAUCAGUUUAUAGUGAUGCUGCUGUUGUUACUCGCAAAUCAGUGCGUUUAUUUGAACCUCAAGCUACUGUACCAACAUUAGCUCGUUUAAUUGGUACUUUGGAAGAGAAUAUACUCACUAAUUAUUUAAUGGUGGAACUUUCUUGCGCUGGCAUAGAACACAAUGGAAUGCGUUAUGACGGUGCAGGUUGUCUAUCCGCGAUUACAAUUACGAGUAUACCAUUCAAUCCGCCAAGCUGGCAUCCAUCAGAUAUUAUUCCUCUAGUCGAUUUUGUUCAUGGAAUGAUACUCCGACCACAUUUCGAUCCUUUUACACAUCGUCGAAGUUGGCAAUUAGAUAUUGUCUUUACUGGUAUCGUAGCUCCUUUAAAUGGAAUUAAUCAAAUGUCUUCAACUUAUUUGCGUCAUCAAACUGCUGAAUGGACUGUAGCAAGAUUAGAACAUUUCAAUAUUGUCGUACAAAAUAUACUGGUAGAAUGGGAAAAUUUGUGUUCAAUGCAUGCUUUAUGUUAUCAUGUUAUCAGUAAUCCCAAUAUUUAUCUUCCUAAAGGUGUACAAGUUUAUUCCUACAAUCUUAGGACAUUAUCAUUGAUUUAUGGUAAAUACUACUUAGCUGAUAUAUCUAAUCCAACUGGACAGAAAUUUACAUUGUCCUUAGGUUUUCGACCAAUAUCAUUGAGUAUUAGUAAUAAUACAACAAGAGAAUUAAACUAUGACGAUACCAAUAUGAGUAAUACAAUAAAUGUUGAUUUCAAUCCACAUAUGAUCGCUAGACAACACUUAGAAGAACUGUUAAAUGCUAGGAAGUCGAUAUAUUUUUUAGCUACAACAAUGUUGAAUACAUUGGAAUUCUUUCGAUGUGUGGAACCGCUCCGAGAUCAAGUUUUGUCUUAUAAUGGUCUUAAGGUUUCUUCUUCGCAUAUUCAUUGUAUACAACCUGUAUGUGGUAUGCUAUUGAUCGCUUUAUCCCCUAGUGAUCUUAUUCUAAUGUAUCGUGCGUCACUAAGCUUACGAAUUACACUAAAUAUUAUUGAACAUCCAAUUGUAUCGUCUGCAAUGUCAUUAUCUAACAAUAAUAAUGAUGCAUUAAAAACAACUAAAUCUAUUCAAUUACUUGAUGCCUAUAAUCAAUUAACAACAGGGAAAAAGCCCUAUCCACCUAUUUUCAAUACAGAUGGAUGGAAUAAUCAGAUGUUGGAUGACAAAGCUUUAUGCAACUUAGCUCCAUUACCUGCUUUCUCGAAAUUCUUAAAAUCCUUGCAAGAAUUAUUUUGCAUAAACUCAGAUGAAAAAUUGACCAGCUUAACACUUACUCAGUUUGCUCAACUAACAAGAUUAACCUUUGACAAAUUUAAAUCAAGCAUAAUGUCAUCGAAAACAUUUUCUCUAACAAAUUAUCGUCGUACUGAUCCCGGUCCAACGUUACUUGAAUCUUAUUUAUCAACAAGUUUAUUAUUUCAUGCUGCAAUUUUAGCUAUACAAAGUUUAGAUGUACCGAUUCAUCAUGUUCAUAAUGAAAUCCCUUAUGAUCUACAACAACAACAACAAACAGAUGAACAACAACGAAUCAAAAAUCAACAUGAUCUACUUGAAAAUGCGGUGUUUGUAUGUAUUUGGCCAGUGAGUCAAUUAACUGUCCAAUUGUCAAUGUUAUGUCAACCAACUACAAACAACGGAAUUGAAUCUUUCUGGUGGAGGCUAAAACUUCAGCUUAGUCAAAGUGUCAACUCAUGUGAUCGUUGGCCACCUGAAACACUGAAUGUUUUUGAAGAGUUUUUUGAGAAAAGAGUUUGUUCUUUCCCAUUUCAACCAAGUGCUGUGACUGCGUUUUUCCGAUUAUUGUUACUACCUCCGCAUGCAUUACGUGCAAUGGGUCGUGUUCUAGCGUUUGAUUUACAUUCACCUGCUCAAGCUCCUGUUUAUGUACGUAUAGGUUUAAUUGGGAUGGGUGUUAAUUCACGUGUUACUGCUAUCAGUAGCAGUAGUUCAUUAACAAAUCAACCAACAAACACAGCAGCGUCAGCAGCCACCGGGGCUGCACAAAAUCUACUUACAUUUGACACUGGUUCUGACUUACAGCCUGGUAUGCCUGGUAUCAUUGUUCGUCCAUCGAAAAUCACAUUGCAACUGUUAAUAAUGCGUUCACAUUCACGACAUUUGGUAAGCUUUUUGUUGUUCUUAUUAUUUAAUCAAAGAUACUAAUCAUGUAAUUUGAAAUCAAAUAUAUGUAUUUUCAGAGUAAGUGGGCUAGUGCUCUGAAUUUUCAUUUUUACAAAAUUAGCCAAUUUUAUUUUACCAGGACAAAUAAGCGUUGAUCUAUUCAGUAAUUUGAUUACAGCAGUACAUCGGGUUAAAUUAUCAUUUUUUGGUUGGCCUGCUGCGAACCAUCUUUACGAUAUCGUCGUCAUUUUCGAAGCUGAAAUAUGCAAACGGGUGAUGUUUAAUGUCAACCAUAAUUUUCAUUUUUCUGGUCGACAAUUCGAUAUUUCAUUUUCGCCUUGUUACGUAUAGUCGCCGUUUUUUAAAUGAAUUUUUGUCAAAACCUAUUGCUGUUAUGUAGGCUUCUAAAUAUGACUACGAAUUGAGGUUUCUGGUUGACAUACGAUACAUGCGAAAUCAGAUACGAAUGAGCUAUUCUAUUAUGAAUGGUUCUCCUGUAGAUUGGUUAACGGGAGCUAGCACAAAACAACACUUCAUCAAUUAGCUUCUAACACAAGAAAAUGAAUUAUAGGAAAUACUUGAUAUUCAAAUAAAACAAUUCGAAAUAUAACAAGUUUGUCUAUACAGUAACAAAAAGUAAACUUCAAGAGGUACAUAAAAAACCAAUCAGGAAAGAGCAAAGGUCAUGCAGAAAAUUAAGUUCUGAAGAGGUGAAUCGGUUGUCAUUAUCAUUUGUGAGACGUUAGAGUAAUUGACAAAAAUUUGAAUAGUUCCACUAUACUCUUAGACCAUUCCACACACAUAUUUUGUGCUCUAUAGAAAAAAAAGAAUGCUUUCUAACAGUAUUCUUUUAUAAAUGAACAAAUAAAAGCUGUUGAACUAACUGCUAUAGUGUUUAUUUCAUGUUUUCUUCUGGUAAAUUAUCUAAGUAGCUAUAUGUUUAAUGAUAGACUUUUUAUUCUGUGCUUUACUUCAUGAAGAAGGAUAUCAGAUUUACAUAGUUAAGACAUUCUACUUUCAACUACUAGGUUACAUGUCCAAAUUCCUCAUCAUCUAAUUUGGUUUAUACAACCAGAUAUUAUCAGUAGCCUCGUCACAUAUAAACAAAUAUGUACUUGUCCUUUGAUGAUUUACACUUUAUUAUUCUUUUAUUUUAAAUCAUUUGUUGAAAUAAUUAGAGAUCAGAUUCAAGAUAUACUGAAUAAAGAAUAAUAUUCAUUCACAUUUAUUGAUUCUUUCUUGUUAUUUUUAGUCUAAAAAUCUUAUCCCAUUAGCCCAAUUAGUUGUUGUUGGUUAUGAUUGGGAUGUAAAUCAUGUUGUUAUCUAUCCAACUAUUAAUCAAUCACAAAAUAUAAUGACAAAUAAUAGAAAUCAAUCAGAUACAAUUGGUUUAAAUCUUUUAAGAUUAUUACAUGAUACUGAUGUAGAAUCGAAAGCAAAUGCUAUGGCAACCAGUAGUAAUGAUUCAGCAUUAGUUCAACUUGUUCUACUUAUUACACAAACUGUAGCUGCAUCAUAUCCAAUCAGUUCAGCUGAUUCUACUUCAUUGAAUAAUUCCAAUGUGAUGACUGGAUUCGGUAUAGGAGGAAGUGUUAACAAUGGAGCUGGUGUUGGAUCACAACAAGCAUUGUAUGGGUGAAAAUUUGUUGUAAAUGAAAGAUUUUUUUGUUUGUUUGUUUGUUUUUGAUGAAGUUUAUUUUUCUCUUAUUGGUUUUUUUAAUCCGUCUUUUUAAAAAAACAAGAUUUCUUAUCAACCUUUAAUGUAUGUACAGUCACAAGGUUUUUCUCUAUAAUUUUUCUUUUGAGUAAAUUUGUAUUGUAUUAUGAUUUGUAUAAUAAUCAGUUGUUUCUUUUGUAAUUCUACUUUCUUUCCUAUGCAUUUAAUAAAUGAAUUAUUAAUC